GAUUAGGGCAUGUAUUUUGAGAAUUAUAAAUAAGAACUGUUUUCUUUAGAGGAAUUUUUUUUUCUUUAGUUUAGAAAGUACAACAAAACAAAGUUAAAAUGAAAGCAAAUUACAUAUACUUUGUAGUCUUGAUAUUGACUCGACUGGUCUAUUGUACUCGUACCACAAGACCAGGGACUCACCCUCUUUGGCCAACAAUAUAUGCUAAUGAUGGACAAUUCGAAUUUUCAAAUGCUUUAGGUGCUGCUUUGGGCACCAUUACAUCAAUUAUUCGAGUAUUAAAAGAAGGCGAAAUUCUGCCUAAUGCACAAAAUGUGACUCAUUUUGAUGCUACAUCCAGUGUGUAUAAAGAUGCUGCCUUUCAUGCUAGACUUGCAAGAACAUCAAAUUGUAGAGCGAGCUCAGAUAAAUGGGAUUGUGAACAAUGUCAAUCCACUUUACCAGAUGGCAUCGUAGUAAGAUCUUUUAGUACAUUCCCUUUGGGUGUUACUGGUAACGUUGUCCUCUCUCAUAGGGAAAGAAAAAUCUAUGUGAUGAUUAGAGGCGCAUCUUCUUUCCGUAAUAAAGUUCUGUUCUUCUCAACAAAUUUAGUUCCUCAUCCAGCAAUACCCGAUGCGCAUGUUCAAACAGGGUUUUUGGCAUCUUUGGUUGAUAUCAGAGACAUUGUUUAUAACGCUAUCCGUGAUCAAUUGCAAUUGCAUCCUAAUUAUGCAGUCAAUGUUGUAGCACACUCUUAUGGUGCGGGUGUUGGUUCAUUAGUGACAGUGGACUUGUUUCAACGACUACCACAAUUAAACGAAACAAACUUGGCCGGUUAUUUGUACGGUAAACCUAGAGUAGGUGAUUUUAACUAUGCAACUUUUGUUGCAGAAAACAACAUUCAAAUCAAGCGGUUUGUUGAAAAAGCAGAUGACAUCUGCCAUCGACCUGAUAUUCAAGAUGGAUAUGUGCAUGAAGGUGAUGAAUACUGGUUGAAGACUUCUGGACCUGAUGCUGAUCUCACAUUGUGCCCAGGGCCUUAUGAAACUAGAAACUGCUCAAGUUCUCUUGUGUUUUUUACUGGCCUUGAUCAUCUAAAUUACUUUGAUGUUCAACAAGGUUGUGAAGAUGACUUGUAUAAUCUUUUUUAAAGAAAAGACUAUAUAGGGUUGUAAGCACUUUUUUAUUUUAAUAAAUACAUUAAUGUU